CUUCACUGUUCACUGUCUAACUUUUAGACUGUUUAUUGCAUUCAGUGGGCGAUAUAUGUAAAUGGUUAUUAGCAUUGCUGUUUAAAGUGUGCCAUCCUGUUAAAAGCAUCUGACUGGGGAUUGCCUGGGGAUUGCUUGAAUUUGGAUAAGCUUCAUUAUUUCAUCAACAUGCUUUUCGCAAAACUGGCUAGAGUGGAAAGGCUGACAGGGGUGACAGCAUGGCAAAAAUUACUGAUCCCUUUGAGCCAGCAGGAAUUCCCACGCCAUUACAGUACCUCUUUGGCACUAAAAAAGAGUCCAUCCUUUAGCUACGUGAUUGUAGGUGGUGGCUCUGCUGGUUGUGUGCUGGCCAACCGGCUCUCUGAAAAUGCUGAGGAUUCUGUGCUUCUCCUGGAGGCUGGCCCCAAGGACAUGGUUCUCAACAGCACUCGGCUGACCUGGAAGAUCCACAUGCCUGCGGCGCUGGUAUACAAUCUGUGCGAUGACCGUUACAACUGGUUCUAUCACACCAGGCCCCAGAAGCACAUGGACGGGCGAGUGCUGUACUGGCCUCGUGGCAGGGUUUGGGGUGGGUCGUCCUCCCUUAAUGCCAUGGUUUACAUCCGAGGCCAUGCUGAGGACUACAAUCGCUGGCACCGGGAGGGAGCAGUUGGCUGGGACUAUGAGCAUUGCCUCCCUUACUUUAGGAAGGCCCAGUCACAUGAGCUGGGAGCCAACCGCUACCGAGGAGGAAACGGUCCGCUCCACGUGUCGCGUGGUAAGACAGACCAUCUGCUGCAUCAGGCUUUCAUUGAGGCUGGCCAGCAGGCCGGGUACCCCUUCACCGAUGACAUGAAUGGCUAUCAGCAGGAGGGUCUGGGAUGGAUGGACAUGACCAUCUAUAAAGGUAAGAGAUGGAGCACUGCCAGUGCCUACCUGCGCCCCGCUUUAUCCAGGGCUAACCUGAAGACAGAGGUCCGGUCCCUGACCACAAAGGUCCUGUUUGAAGGAACCAAAGCAGUGGGUGUUGAAUACAUGCAGAAUGGAGAAAAGAAGAAGGUGUAUGCAGAGAAAGAGGUCAUUCUGAGUGGGGGCGCUAUCAACUCCCCCCAACUGCUCAUGCUUUCUGGGGUCGGGAAUGGAGAUGACCUCAAAAAACUGGACAUUCCAGUGGUGGCUCAUCUCCCAGGAGUUGGCAGUAAUCUCCAGGACCACCUGGAGCUCUAUGUGCAGCAAGAGUGCAUUCAGCCAAUCACUCUCUACAAGGCCCAGCAACCUUUCCACAUGAUCAAGAUUGGCCUCGAAUGGCUUCUGAAAUACACAGGAUACGGUGCCACAGCGCACUUGGAGAGUGGGGGUUUUAUUAGGAGUCGCCCGGGUGUCACUCACCCAGACAUCCAGUUUCACUUUCUUCCCUCCCAAGUCAUUGACCAUGGGCGGGUCAACCCCAAAUUAGAAGCCUAUCAAGUUCAUGUUGGCCCAAUGCGAAGUACCAGUACUGGAUGGUUAAAACUUCAGAGCACUAACCCCCUAGAACACCCACUCAUUGAGCCCAACUGCAUGUCCACAGAUCUAGAUGUCCAGGAGUUCAGAGAUUGUGUGAAACUCUCCAGAGAGAUUUUUGCCCAACGUGCUUUUGACCAGUUCCGUGGACGGGAGGUCCAGCCUGGGCCCAAGGUCCAGUCAGACAAAGAGAUAGACGCCUUUGUGAGGCAGAGGGCUGACAGUGCGUACCACCCAUCGUGCACAUGUAAGAUGGGCCAGCCCUCUGACCCUAUGGCAGUGGUGGACCCACACACACGGGUUAUAGGGGUGGAGAACCUGCGUGUGGUGGAUGCCUCCAUCAUGCCCAGUGUGGUGAGUGGCAACCUCAAUGCCCCCACCAUCAUGAUAGCUGAAAAAGCCGCUGACAUCAUUAAAGGUCGACCACCUCUGCAGGACCAUGAUGUCCCAGUGUAUCAGCCACCCAGUCUGGAGACCCAGCGGUGAGUCUGCUUAGGACUCAGUCCUGGUCAUCUCCAGUCCUACAGACCAGCCUCUGACCCCACAGACACAAGGCAUCCAUCUUGGAAGUUCAGGGUCUCAAAACUUAAAAAGGGAUCAGUAAAAAUCACUACAGUUUUUAAAAAAUAUCAACAAUGUUCUCUUUAAAAUAACAAAACUUUUUAAUUUCUUUGAUUAGUGAUAUGCCUUCUGAAUUCUUAGUUAAAGUAGGAAUAUGUUGAAGUAUAAAGUACUUAGCUGCUGUUAUUUCAUUUUACAUGAUAUUUUGUAUAACAGAUUCAACUGAUUUGUGUGAAGACCUAGAUGAUAUUUUAGCAUAGAAAUGUUGGUAGACUUAAUUUUUGAUUUGAUGUCUGAUGUCCCGAAUGUAAAUCCUUCAGGGUUACUGGUCUUAAUGAAAGCUAUUUUCAAAUUGAGCACUUUAUUUGUCCAUGAUGUAUACAUAGUAUUAUAGUAUUAGUACUGUAAAUAAUUAUCAUAUAAUAAUCUUGGCUGUAGUACUGUUCAUGUUGAUAAUACUAAAACGUUUAUCAAACUAAAAAAUUUGAAGUUAAUCAAAAAAGUUAGCUAUAACAAUAAUAUUGACAGGCUGCUGGUGAUGGGUGCUGACCUCUUUGUAAAGUGUGUAGUUCAUUGGCUCCCUGAGCUUUUAAAGCUUUACUGUGAGCAAAUCUAUUUUAUGUUUGAAUGGCAUUAAGGUCAUUCAUAAGACAUACAGGUACAUGCAAUUGUAAAAAUACCUUUUCUCCUGUCUUCUAAAGCAGGUGGGUUGUGUGCCACAGUCGCUAUUCAAAGUGAAAAUGAAUUCCUUUGGUUAAGAAUGUAGGCUUUCUUUUACACAGAAUUGAAUUAGCACAAUCCAUUAUGCCAGGAGAGGCAGUGACAGUUACUGCCAUAUAUUCUGCCCAAAUAUUUAGACAGCGGUACUCCCACACUGUUGAAAUACAGAAAUCAAAUUGGAUUUGUGGUUUAUUUGCACUAUUUCAUUGUGUUUACAAUACCUAGCAAAAAAUAUCAUUAAUUCAGAUGUUUUUGUAAUGAUGCAGGGACUACAAGCAGUGUUCAUGAACAUGACUACAAACUUAGAACUAUUAGGUAUGCAAAGUAUUCUGAUGAACUAUAUGCACAAAGUUGAAUCUGAGGUUCAUAGUGUUGCUUUAUUCUGCAGUAAUCAUUAGAAAAUAAGUGGGAAGUAUUUCAUUUUGAUUCCGGGCAUACAAAAAUGUUCUCAUUGUUAUAAAAUCUAGUGGGUACUAAAUUAUUUGCUCUGAAAACAACUUGAAUAAAAACCUUAAAGGCCAUACAUGUGGAGUUCAAGUAGAAGAAAUUGCCACAGGUAUUUAGCUUCAUAUUUUAUACAUACUUUACAUUUAUGUCUCUACAUCUCAAUACAUAUUUAAUAACAGUAAUAAAUAAUAUAUCUAUCAUGAGAAAUGACUGAACAGGUUUUUCUUUGUAAACGCAUUUAUAGUUUACGAUUUAAUUGUAUUUUUUUAACCCACAAAAAUGGUUGUAAUACAGGAAUAAAGGCCUUGUAUUUCAGUUUUUAAACAUAUCCAAACAUUGUAAAGUCAGUGGCAUCGUAAAUUACAAAUAUAGAUUUCACUAUACCGUACACACAGUCACAUGGAAAGUACAAAUAAUCCACCUUAUUACACAAAAAUAGGAGAAACACUCCAUAGCACUAUACAAUUUAUGUGUGCAGUGGUAGACAGCUAUGUGCUCGUAUUUUAACAUCAUUAGAAUAGAAUGAAAUCAUAUAUUUUCUUGCAGGAAUCCCUGAUGUGAGGUAAAAUAAAUAACUUGAUUUAGUCUCGAGUUGAACAAAAAUGUACACAACGGAUUAAAAAAGGAUGCAUAUUUAUAGUCUUAUAAUUGCUACUUUCAGUGUGGCUUAAUGUACGAGGGUCAUUAAAAAAAUAAUCGAGGAGACCAGAGCAUGAAAUUCAGAGCCCUUUCAAUAUGCACAUGGAAUGUUACUUGAAAGGCCUUUACAGUGUUCACUGGACUUAAAGCACAGCAUAUGCACAUGAACAGCAAAUUAAAUUUUCUUUUCUUUCUAAUGAAUGUCAAAUUGUCUAAAGGUACCUGGACAGGUCUUUGAUUAGGAAAAUCUUAUUUUUUAGUUGAUACAUGCCACAUAUAUGGUCAUAUCGUCAGAGACAGUGAUAUGUUUUCCUCUCCUCCUUUGGAGGCAGUGCAUACUGUAGCAUGUGCUACCACUGGGCUGGCGAGGGCUGUCCUAUUGCUUUGACUCUUCUGAGAAGUUCCCAUGAUUAAGCAAAUGUAUCUGAACAUAUCUGUGCCACUCUCCAUCCCAGUUUCUUUAUGAACAUUUUUCAUUUUAACAUAAAAAGGGCAAUUUCCAUAGAAAAAUAAAAUAUUUUAUUUAAAUUGGGCACCAUUUGGUGUUGUGGUUAAAGCUCUGGGUUAUUGACCUGAGGCUCAUCGGCUUGUGAUCCCACUUAGGAUACUGCAGUAAUAGCCUUGAGACAAGGUACCAUAGCAUAAUGGCUCCAUUAGAACUACAGCUGUACAAAUGGGUUACACAAAUGUCAUUUUGCAAAUAAUCAUGUUUUGUGGGUUUACUACAAAAAUAGUCAUAGUCAAAGUCUGAGAAUUUUACCGGUUUGGAGUUACUGAUUAUGACUGUACAAUUAAGUGUUCAGAUUUCAUUUUCAAAGAAAUUCCUGAAGGUAUGUACAGUAUGUAAAAUGUCUUAAAUUGAGUAUUUUUAAUUGAAUUAAGCAGAACCGUUGAUGUAAAUAGCAUUUGAAGUGAACUUGCUUGUGCAUUUACCCUGCACAAGAAAUCCCAUUUGUUCAAAAGAAAAUAAAUUAAAUAGUGACUUCAAUUAGCAGCCCUUUCAUACAUGCCAGGACAAAUUGCACUGCAUAAGAAAUUUAUGAUGAAUUUCAUUUUUUUUUUAAAGUAUUUUAUGUGGUGGUGCUUUUAAAAUGCCACAGUAUUUGUAUUAGCUAUACAAAGCAAUUUUGCAUAUCUUAUGGGUAUGAAUAUUCACAUUGUCUUUAUAAAUUGAAUUGGCUACAGGACCCAUAUUGCUGCGUUUUAAAAUUAUAUAUAAUUACAAAAUG